AUGAGUUACCCCGGUGGCAAAAACUACGUCGAUCCUAACGGCGGAAAGAGCCACCCCAAACCGCCGGACCUCGACCCCGUCAUUGACAAGAACUACAAAUUUGCCUGGGACCGUAACGCAGCUCGAUCCCAAGAUAUCUCAGAGUUCCGUCGCAAGACGGAGCUGUCGGGUAACUUUSAACAGAACCUCAUCGCCGUGGUGCAGCAAGGUGCGAGAGAAGGAUACAAGGCCUCUGCGGACACGGUCGACGUCGUGGAGAAGAUUGUCUUGGCAGCAUCGCCCAGGACGGUCGAGAAGCUGGAGCGAUUGAAGCGAUUGGAAGGCGAAGCUGCGACACUCCGUGAAGAGGUGGAAGCCUUGAAGAAGGGGCUGCAAGAAAAGGACGAUGAUGGCGAGGUGAAGAACAUCACGAAAAAAAGCGAAGACUACAAGUCCCGCAAUGGGGAGCUCAAAGAAGUCUUGGCGAGGUUUCACGAAGGCGUCGAUCACCUCGUCGCCAACGACAUUCAAAUCGUCCGUAUGCCAGAGGCCGAGAUUGACGAGAUCAAAGAAGCCAAAGGCAAUUGGCAGAAGGAGUAUCUCGCCCUCGUUUUUGAUCAGAUUAGUGAUCAAUUGUUGGAGUGGCGAACCCACURGCACACCAUGGCAUCUGCGCUCGACACUGUCGAGGAGGAGCGGCAGCGAGAGGAUGCGGAGUCGACGGAACAGACUGAACACCUACAGCGGCAGAUUGUCGAUCUGCAGCAGCAGCUCUUCGACGCACGCCUCGAGUCGACCGCACUCGCGGAGGACCUCGAGACAGUUGAAGCUCGUCGUCAUCUGACGAGGCCGAAGAGGAGUGAUUGGGAGUGA